UUCAGGUCCUUCAGGAACGAAGAACGUAGAACCAGUUUAGGCAGUGAGACGAAUUUUGCAUAUUUUCAGGGGAAAGUUCUUAUUCUUUAACAGCCGGAAUUUGUGAAAAAUACGCACUCGAAGCAGCGAACGACGACGCUCGCUCAUGCAUUUGUUACCACGGCAACCAUCCUCCCGUUGCAGGACCGCCGCCAUCAGCCAGGAUGUCGUCGCCGGACGCUAUCGUGGGAGAGGGGCCGAGCCGGGAGAGCGUUCAGAGGGAGAUCAGAGACAAGGUCUCCAAGCUGGAGGAGGGACUGCAGCAGCUGGAGGUGUCGAGGGAGGGACUCGCGCGGAACGUGAACGAGGUGCAGUGGCAGGUGCGCUCGGCGGUGAGUCGCAUCAUGGAGACGCUGCGUAACAGGGAAAUGUGGCUGCUGGGGCAGGUCGAGACGAUCCAGCACAGCCGCGAGGAGGCGCUCAAUGGCCAGCUGUCGCGCGUCAACCAGGCCAUCGCCGGCUGCUGCGCGCCGCGUCACCAAGUUCGCGGAGGACGGCAGCGUGAACGCGGCCGCGGUUGAGGCGCGCCUCGACCAGUGUCUCAAGCAGCUCGACCAGCUAUGCGACACGUCCGACCACAGCCAGGUGGUGCUGCGCGCCGACACUAACUCGCUGCGCGACAACAUCCGCGGCUUCGGCGCGAUCGAGACGCGCCGCCAGGGGGCGCCGUCGUCGCUGCCCGGCGCCGCCGCGCUAACGUCGCAGUGCUUGCCGUCGUCGCUCGAGGAGUACGAAGAUCUCGACCACCACCUGAUGCACAAGCCUGUCGCCGACCCGUUCAACAUUGUUGUCGCGUUCCCGAAGCUAUCUGGUCGCCGUGACGACUGGCUGACCUCGUCCGGCACCGCGACCCCGACGACCGACGGCGCGAAGCCAUGGCCGCCGUCGUCGGGGGCGACGACGCCCUCCGCCGCCGCGCCGAGACCGCCGCAGCAUCUCAACAUACCGCAGCGCCACCUGGAGCUGGGCGGUAAGGACACGCCUGUGAGUGCGCUCAGCGAGGACUCGGCCCUUAGCAUCCAGCACUGGCUGCAGCAGAUCAAGACUGAGACGGAGGCAGAGCCGACCGUCUACGAUGACUUUGAGGUGAUACCGUGGGGCGCGUCGGCGUCGGCCGCUGCAACGUCGUCGUCAGGGGAGGAGUCGUUGUUCGGCGUUCUCGAGGCGCCCGACACGCCUCGCUACUUCAAGAGAGUUCUCGAGUCGCCCAGCAGCAGAUGGCUCGUCGCCGUGGCGACGGAGGUGUCUCCCAGCGCCACCUACCAGCGGCUGCAGUACUUCGUGAAGGUGACGGACAACUGGGACAAGUGGCUGAGCAGGAAGAGCAAGAAACGGCAGGACAGCGAGGAGGGUGGCACGGCGUCGCCGGCGGCGACCGACGGAGAGAUGCUCUUUCCUUACUUCCAGCAGAUCUCGAGCAGCGUCGAAGGCUGGCUCUACAACCCGAGACUGACCGAGAAGCUCGUCAACGCUGUCCGCCGCGCAAGCCAGCACAGUGGCGCCCCUUCGCCACCGCCUCCCACGCCCACCAACCGUUCCCACGGCGACGGCGACGAACUUGGCCACUUCAGGCGUGUCCGUGCGGCCUCCCGCUCUGAUUGGCUGAAGAAAUUCUCUGCCGGUGAGGCAGUGGCGGCAGGUUCGCGCAAGCGCGCGUCCCCGUUCGCUCACUUUGAGCGUGUAUCCAAGGACCCCUCCGAUUGGCUGAAGAAGAACGGCCAGGAGGCGCCGGCGUCGCCCGACGGAGCGUCACCGUUCGCCCACUUCGAGCGCAUCUCGAAAGACCCCUCCGAUUGGCUGAAGGAAUGCGUCGGCGCGGCGAUGCCCGACCGCGUCGCGUCGCCGCCCCCGCUCUUCCGGCACGUCUCUGCGAACGCCGGAGAUUGGCUGCGCCGAGAUUCGGACGGCGAAUCCGUCCCCUUCGAGUUCGUCUACCCGCCGGCGGCGUCCGACGUCACCAAGCUGUGCCCCCUGGUGGCCGCGGAUUCUCCGUCGUCGUCGCCGGGGGUUGUCUCAGCGUGGUUGAGGGUUGAAGACCCUCUCGGCGCUCACGCGAUGGCGCCAAGCUCUCAACCCGCCGUCGCUGCCGCUACGGCGGAAUUUCACCCGUUCCCGCUGGGCACUCACGUCGUGGCGGCGACUGUUCAAUCCGCCGCAGCAGCAGCAGCAGUUACGGCGGAUCUCAACCCGUUCCAACAGCCGCUCAACGUCCAAGAAUGGUGCAAGGUCGCAGCGACGCAGUGACGGGAUGUAUGGUGAGGAAGGAGGAGGAGGAGGAGGAGGGGGAGAGGGAGAGGGAAGAUGAGGCAGGAGUGGGAUAGGGAGGGUUUCUCAGGAAGGAGGGUUAAGUCUGCGUAGAGUAGGGCAAGGAGAGAGGGGAAGAGGGUGGGGAGGGAGUGGGAUAGAAAACGUUUUAUCAGGAGGGACAGGAAACUUGUGUAGCAUAGUUGUAGAGGGAGGGAGAGAUGAGGGAAUGUAAUUAAUGAGGGAAGGUUUUUUUUUAGAGAAAAGUGGAGCGUGGGUAGAAGGGUGGGAGGCUAGGUGAGGAGGGGAGAGGCUGGGAAUAAACUAAAUGCACAUGGAGGGAAGAAUAGGAUGACAACUGCUAGUGCACUCGCACAGAUCACUGGCUAUUGCCAAGUGAAGUAGCACAACGCAUACUUAUUAUUUAAGAUUCGGUGCCAAGUGGCCAAUGUUUAUUUUCCAUGUUUGCAAACUUAACCGUUAAGCAUUAACAAAAUAAUAUAUUAAAGCUGAAUGGUAUAUUUGUAGAAUACAUUUAUUUACUAAAAUAGGUGAGAUUUUUGAACUAAAAUUGUGAAAUGAUGUAUUUUCAGUGGCUCUUCCCUAGUUGGGAAACAACUGACUACAUUCUAAUUUUGUGUACAUGAUAUAUGGUAUAUUUAUAUAUAUAUAUAGGGCCUAUAUAUGUGUAGCACUUACAUUAUUGUCUAGCUUGCUCGUUGCGAGAAAGCCCAAAGUAUUUUAUCUCUCAAGCUUUCUCUCUAGUCAUCACUGCCAGUGUGCAGUAUGUGGCCAGCAACCUGUUACCGGUCGUGUGACACUCGAACAUUUCUGCUACACUAUAUAGGAUAUGCUGACGACUAGGGUACAUACGUACUUAGAGGGUUUUACUGCCAAUACGAGAGCGUCCGAUUGAAAGUUCUCGCGUUUGUAGCGCGUGAUAUAUACGUGCGCCACACGAGGAGCAGGUUAAUAUCAACCUCGUGGCUUUUAAUUAUGCCAAUAAUAAUAUGGCAAUAAUACGUCACGAUCACUUGCCACAUGGAAAGCUUGCUGUUGCUAGAUAUUAAGCUUUCUGUUGCCAUAUAAGAAGCUUUCAGCGGUCAUAUUCUAAGUUUUCAGUUGUCAUAUACCAUGCUUUCAGUUAUGUUGUCAUAUACUAAGCUUUUAGUUACCAAAUGCUAAACUUUCUGUUACCAUAUAAUACACCUACUGUUGUGAAGGUUUUCGAAAAUAAAUUGCUUCUGCGUUGGUAAAACCCA